GGCCAUGCUGCAGUAUGGAGCUGCUGGCGGGGUCCGCGAGGAGCUUGUGAACGCACUUCUUGACGUUUUUUCUGAAAUUCAUGAGAUGCUUUCUUUUGCACAGGGGUCUCGUGUAAUGCAAAAGCUUGUUGCGUACGCAUCGGAUGAGGCGGUGUUAACUGUAGUCAAUGCUCUGCUUCGCGAGGCAGAGCAGGAACGGAAAAAAAGCGGGACAAUCGAUGAGGAGGAGAAGGAGGAGGAGCAGCACGAGGGGGCGGAGACUGACGAUGAUAAUGAUGGUAAUGGUGAUGGUGAAAAGAAGGCAGAUCAACCCGCAUUGAAGGCGAAACCUUCCCGUCGCGAACAGCGCGAAAUAAAUCGCAAAAAGCAUUACAAGGUCACCUCUAGGGCUAUAGUCUCGUAUGCUCUUCAUAACCACGCGUGCUAUGUCAUUCAGGCAAUUCUUCGUGAGUGUCGUAGCCGUCAGUUGGAACAUCAGCGCAAGCAGCUGAUGGACGAACUAAAGCCAUUUGUCUUCGAACUGGCCGUCUCGCCGUGGGCUGGUCGCAUUGUGCUUGAAACAAUGUUUCAAAGCGGAAGUGCAAAGUUGGCUGAAGUCAUGAAGAAUGUCGUCUUUUUGAAGGCCGAGGCGUGGCUCUCCGACGUUCCUGAGAAGAACACGCGCGGCGGUAGUGGGCUUGAUCCCACAAUGCGUCAGGCACUGCGCCGCCAUCGUGAGGAACCGGACGAGGGGAGAAAAGAAAAGUUUCCCGACGACAGCUCCAAGAAGCCACCACGGAAAAAAUUGUACCGCACCAUAAAGAAGUGA